AUGUUGGUCAGAAAUUCAAAGUCUAUUGGGGUUUGCUGUGGAAAGAAUGGAAACAAUUUGCCAUCCGAUCAGGAAGUUGUAAGUCUUUAUCAAACAAAUAGUAUUGGAAGGAUGCGAAUUUAUUAUCCAAACAGAGACACACUUGAAGCCCUGAGAGGAUCAAACACAGAAGUCAUCCUUGGUGUCCCCAAUGACAACCUUCGGGCCCUUGCUGACGCCUCAGCUGCUACAACCUGGAUCCAAAACAACGUUGUAGCCUACUCAUCCAAUGUCAGGUUCCGCUACAUUGCUGUUGGCAAUGAAGUACACCCUGGAGAUGCAAAUGCACGAUAUGUUCUACCAGCAAUGCAGAACAUACAUGAUGCAAUAGUAUCCGCCAACUUACAAGGUCAAAUUAAGGUUUCAACGGCGAUAGACACGACUUUGUUGGGCAUAUCCUACCCUCCAUCAAAAGGGUCGUUUAGUGACAGUGCAAAUCCUUACAUAAGCCCUAUCAUCAACAUCUUAAGGACCAAUGAUGCACCACUUCUUGCAAAUGUGUAUCUCUACUUCAGAUAUACUGACAACCCACAAAGCAUUGAUCUUAACUAUGCCUUAUUUACUUCACCAGAAGUAGUGGUGCAAGAUGGUCAAUAUGGAUAUCAGAAUUUGUUUGAUGCAUUGUUGGAUGCUCUUUAUGCUGCUCUUGAGAAAGCAGGUGCCGCAAAUUUGAGCAUUUCUGUAUCCGAAAGUGGUUGGUCAUCUGAAGGUGGAAAUGCAGCAACAGCUGGCAACGCAGGAACUUUCGAUAGGAAUCUAAUUAAUCAUGUGAAACAAGGGACUCCCAGAAGAUCUGGAAAGGCUAUAGAGACAUACUUAUUUGCAAUGUUUGAUGAGAAUCUGAAGGCAGCAGGAAUUGAACAACAUUUUGGUCUAUUCCUCCCCGACAGACAGCCCAAGUACCAACUUACUUUUGGUUGA